CAACCAGCCCCUGCCUGUCUUUCUCCAUACACUGCCUGACUGACUGUUACUAUGCCCGUAAAGACACCUGCUCUCACAAACACAGGAAACCAACCACCAGCAGCACCUGACCAACACUGAGGAACUUUCACUAACACCUCAGAUCACCCAGCGUUUCAACCUCAACCAGAGGCAUAUACUGAGACCAAAAACCAUCCACAGCUCAUCCACAGCGGGACCAAGAACAUAACCGAGCAAUCGCAUCAUGAUUGAGAGUGACAGAGAGCUGUCGGCCAUGGUGCAGGAGCUAUGGGACAACGACGUCAACAGACUCAAGCCUGGGAAAGACUACAGGAUCUCUCUGCAGGGCAAAGCUGGAGACAGCAUGGCCAUCAAUGAUGACGACAACGAUGGAGCAGGAUAUCCUCUGUUUACGUUUGUCGAUGAGAACAUUUUCAAAAAGGAGACUUUUUUGGCCUUUAUCUCCCUGUUGGAUAACUACGAGAGUGACACCGGUGAGCCAGAAAUUGUAACCCCAGAAGAGGUGGCAGAGAACCACAAGUUCCUGGACUCCAUCAUUCACACUUCCACUAUGAAGAUAGCUCAUAAAUACCUGGUGGAGAAGAACCUCUCUCCAGCGGAUGACACAAAAUUCAAGGAGCAGCUGUACAGGAUCUGGUUUGAGCUUUAUGCAAGGAGAGGAUCCAGCAAGCCAGACUCCUCAGGGUUCGAACACGUGUUUGUUGGAGAGACGAGAGGAAGGCGGACUGUCAUCGGCUUUCACAACUGGAUCCAGCUCUACCUACAAGAAAAGCUGGGACACAUUGACUACAAAGGCUACAGCUACAAUCCAAAUUCACCCAAGCCUGAUGAGAACAAACACAUCCUGGCGCUACAGUUCAGCUGGAAGAUGGGCAUAAAGCCCAAAGGCAGCAUCUUCAUCGGCGUCAGUCCCGAGUUUGAGUUUGCGCUCUACACUCUCUGUUUCCUCAGCUCGCCCAACGAGCGUGUCAAAGUCCAGUUCAGUUUCUAUGACGUGGAGAUUGUUUGCCACCACUACAACCAAAAGCACAUAGGCACCACGUACCCUGUGCUCCUUAAGUACCAGAACCCUCACUAACUUGACAAGAUAUCAAUUUGAGAUGUAACUUCUCCCAUUUCUGAGCUUGAAUACAAAGUGUCACAGGUAUUGUUGUUGUCUUUUUAUUUUAGAUAAAGAUACAAUAAAACCUUACAAGACCCA